AAAAAAACCCACUAAAACCCACGCUCACUAACACUCACUCUUACCUUGAGAAUCUGUUCUCUGAAAAAAAUAGAGAUGGCGGAUUUCGGCUUCGGGAACCUCUCCGACACCGACGAUUCCGCCGUCGAGGAGCUCAUCUCCCAGACCCGAGACCUCUGCGUCCUCGAACAAGUCUCCAAAAUCAACUGCUCCGACUUCAACGAUUCGCUUCUCCCCUCCGAUUUGGAAACCCGCUUCCGCAAGCUCAAAUCUUUCCCUGUUUCCUCAACCAGACCCGCCGCCUCUGCUGCUACUGGUGUCGUCCCCAAGUCCCUCUCUAAUUCAAAGAGCGAGCUUCAUCGUCGUGGCGGAAGAGGGUUUGAUGAGGGAUUUGACAUCCCUUCUGACGAUGGAAGAGCGAACACAAGCGAUGGGGAAGUGCCGGAUAUUGCUGCUGCCGCUGCGGGGAAUGUUUCUUCUCACCUGAAUUCCUCGGCGGAUGAAGAGGGUUUCUCGGAGAAUCCAGUUCCGUUGAAGGAUUCCAAGAAGCAACCGAAACUUGGGGAUUCGCCUUCUCCUCCACGGAGACCAGGAUGCUUUUGGUGCUCUCCGAAGAAACCCACCAAGAAGAAGAGUAAAGAGAACUGGGAUUUAGAUUUGGAUUUGGAUUGGGGAAACGAUGGAGGAGACGAGUUGUUGUCUGAUUUAGGGGUCUUUUCACCGAAAGAGCAGGAGAGGAUACUGAGGAAGGCCAUGAAAGAAGAGGAGAGAAUCAACAAGGAGGCAGAGAAAAUUGUGAAGUGGGCAAAACAGGCAUCAGCCAGGAUGAGCUAUCAUGGGGCUGAAGAUGAUGAUGGUCUCAGUGAUGAUAAUGUGACUUCAAAAUAGUUUUACUACAUGUUUUUCCUUUCUAUUUGGGCUUGCAUAUCGCAUCAGUUCAUACAUGGAAGAAGUGGUGGAUACGUUAUACUACAUAGUAGUAUUAGUAUAUGAAUAUGGUUGGAACAAACAUAUAGAAGUACUUACCUUCUGUUCUUUCUUUUGGCUGUAAUGCUUACUAAAAACUGGAUGUGUUGUGAAAUGC